AUGCCAUGUAGAUUGAAAAAGAUUACUGUAUAUGAGACACCGGGCAGAUUUUAUAUUGUUGGAUCGGAUAGCGCUGGUGGGUUUGGGAAUUUUGGAUCAAAAUGUUGUGAUUUUUCGGAAAGGGUCCCAAAAGUUGAUAUAUUUUGGCUUAUUAAGUAUCAAACAAAUUCGUUUUCUAGGAAAUGAUUGCAAAUUUGUUUUAAUUCAAAAAAAAAAACAAAACAUAAUUUUUGCGUGAACUUUCAGAGUGCUACAUAAUUAAUUUUUUUCAAUUUUUGAAUAUUUUCAUUUCUUGUUAUUUCCUAGUAGAAAAAAUGUUAUUAUUUUUUUCACUUGUUAUACAAGAUACUACUUUUAUUGAUUUUUUCGAUGGCUUUAUGUAAAUUCACAAUUGAAAAGUGUUAAUCGAAGUUUCCAAAAAAAUAUUUCCAGGAACUCGUUAUAAUGUUUUGAAAAUUGAUCGAAUUGACUCUAAAGUUUUGCUAACUGGAGAACCGGAAUGUGAUUAUACGAGAGAAGAAAUUCUUGAAUUAUUGACAACAAUUUCGGAAGGAAGUUCAGGUAACUUUCACUUCACGCUGUUUUUCCAAACUAAAACAUUUUGCAGUUGUUUAUAAAUCGACUAAUAAAAAAGGACAAAAACAUGGGCUUGUUGAACGUGUUUCAAAUGCAUUUGGAAUAUUGGGAGUUGUUAAAUUUCUUGAAGGAUAUUAUUUUAUUGUAAUAACAAAAGCGCAUGCAGUUGCAACUGUUGGAUAUCAUCCAAUUUAUAAAAUAGCUGAAGUUGCAAUGUUACCAAUUGCAAUGGAUGGAGUUACAACAAGUAAUGAAGAACAAAAAUAUGUGAAAUUAUUUCAAUCUGUCGAUUUGACAACUGAUUUUUAUUUCUCAUAUACUUAUGAUUUGUCGAGAUCAUUUCAAGAUAAUGCAUUGAGAACUGAUUGGAAAAAUAAUGGAGCCAAGAAUAUUGUGGCUGAUGAAACAUUUGUCUGGAAUCAUUUUCUGCUUGAACCACUUCGAAAAAAUUUGAUAAGUGAAAGAUGGUUUGUGGAAAUUGUUCAUGGAUAUGUUAGACAAGAAUAUAUAUUUCUUCCAAUUUGUCGGCUAAGUUUCACAUUAAUUGGAAGAAGAUCAACAAAAUAUGCUGGAACAAGAUUUUUGAAACGAGGAGCUAAUCCCAAUGGUAAAUUUUUUAUUGUUACAAGGGGUAGGGAGAACAACAAAUGUUUAUCCCAAAAGUUAGGAAUAGUAAAACCCAGUAAAAAUACAGUAAAAAAGUAAAAUCCCAAUAUUUGUUCUCGGUCAGAAAACGGCGGGGUCGCCACCGAUCGGGGCGGAGUCGCUACAAGUUUCGGGGAACUAAAAACGUGUAGCGACUCCGCCCCGAUCGGUAGCGACUCCGCCGUUUUUUGACCGAGUUUCUCGAAAAUCGUAGAAAAAUGUUUCAUAAGUUUUCUGACUACGUAAAAAUUUCAUUAAUAAUUUUUGUCUGAUAAUAAGUUUUGAAAUACAAUUUUUGAGAAUUACAAUUUUCCCCCUCUUCAAAUCAAUUAAUUUUUUUGCAGGACAAGUCGCGAAUUUUGUUGAAACUGAACAAAUAAUUUGGGAUAUGACAUCUUCUCCAAAUGUUGCAAAUGGAAAAUUCUCAAGUUUUGUUCAAAUUCGUGGAAGUGUUCCAAUGAGAUGGUCACAAGAUCCAUCAACAAGAGGAGUUGUUGGAAAACCAUUAAUAUUAAUUGAUAAUCAUGAACCACAUGCACAAACAGCUGCAUCACAUUUUAGAUAUCUUCGAAAUCGAUAUGGAAAUCCAAUUAUGAUUAUGAAUUUAAUAAAAAAGAAAAGAAAAACGGCAACAUGA